UCUUUUCACUCUUUCAAAAGCUUCUUUCCGUUUGUUUCUUAUUUUCUGAUUCUUUUGGGUGGUUUCUUCUUUUUAUUUUUUUCUUUAAGUUCUGAUGAUGGACGAAGCAGUGAACCCCAACAACAAAAUGUCGACUCUUACAAAAACUGUGGCAACUAUCGGUUCGUCGUUGAUUCCGGUGAUCAAUAAACUUCAUGACAUACUUGCUUCUUCUGGUACCGAGUUGUCCGAUAUUUCGGUACCGCAAGUGGCGGUGGUUGGGAGCCAGAGCAGCGGUAAAUCGAGUGUGCUGGAGGCCCUUGUUGGCCGCGAUUUUCUGCCUCGAGGAUGCGAUAUUUGUACUCGAAGACCGCUUGUUUUAAUGUUAGAAAACCGUUCUCCGAAUUCAGAUGAUGAUAGAAUCGAGUGGGGCGAGUUUCGCCACUUACCCGGCCGCCGCUUUUAUGAUUUCUCGCAAAUUCGUCGAGAAAUUGAGGCUGAGACUGAAAGAGAAGCAGGUUGUAACAAAGGGGUUUCAGAAAAUCAGAUUCGAUUAAAAAUUUCCUCUCCCAAUGUUCUCAACAUGACUCUUAUCGACUUACCUGGCAUUACCAAGGUCCCUGUGGGGGAUCAACCUAGUGAUAUCGAAGCAAGAAUUAGGAGAAUGAUUAUGGCACAUAUCAACAAUGAAAAUUGUAUCAUAUUAGCUGUCAGCCCGGCGAAUUCUGAUUUAGCUACAUCUGAUGCACUACAGAUAGCUAAAUUAGCUGAUCCAACUGGUUCUCGGACAGUUGGUGUAAUCACCAAGCUUGAUAUUAUGGACAGGGGAACUAAUGCCUGUAACUUCUUGCUUGGAAAGGUGGUUCCACUUAAACUUGGUUAUGUCGGUGUUGUGAAUCGCUGCCAGGAGGAUAUUAAUAAAAACCGUAGCAUUCAAGAAGCACUUGCUUAUGAGGAGCAGUUCUUUCAUGAUCAUCCUGUGUAUAAUAGUGUUUCUAAUCAUUGUGGCAUUCCUCAAUUGGCGAAGAAGCUGAAUCAGAUUCUAGAGCAGCAUAUUAGAAAGGAUCUCCCACACUUGAAGGCUGUGCUAAACUCUCGUAUGCAUGCAGCUAUGAAAGAGCUGCAGACUUAUGGAGAUGUUGUGGAAUCAAAGGCAGAGCAAGGAGCAGCCUUAUUGCACAUUCUUAGAAGAUACUGUGAUGAUUUUUCUGCUAUGGUUGAUGGAAAAAGUCCGGACAUGUCAACUAAAGAAUUGUUUGGAGGAGCGAGGAUCCACUACCUAUUUCAGUCAAUGUUUGUGAAGCUCUUAGAGGAAGUGGACCCUUGUGAAAAGUUGACUGACGAGGAUAUUGUGUAUGCCCUUAGAAAUUCCUCUGGUCUAAGAAAUGUUCUAUUUGUCCCAGAGGUUCCAUUUGAGGUUUUGGUUAGAAGACAAAUUGCUCAGUUGUCAGACCCUUGUCAUCAGUGUCUAUGGAUUGUCUAUGAUGAACUGAUAAAGAUUUGCCUGGCUUGUGAAUCAACUGGAUUGAAGAGGUUCCCAUCGUUAAGAAGACACAUAAAUGACGUUGUAAGAAAGUUUUUAGAUGCUGCUGCUAAGCCUGCUGAGACAAUGAUACGAAAUCUCAUUGAGAUGGAGAUGGAUUAUAUAAAUUCUUCACAUCCAAGUUUUAUUGGUGGGAACAAAGCUGUUGAGCUUGCUGUGCAGCAGAUGAGAUCAUCAAAGGAGAGAGCGGAUGCUGAAAAGGUACCUAUAUCUGACAAGGGCCAGUUCUCCCAAACUGCUGCUCCUAGAUCGGUUUUGAAUGGUGUUUCUAACCAGGGAAAUCAUCCUCAGUCAAAUAAUGGGCGACCCGUAUUAACUGGUGGCAGUUUAUCUACAAGGAGUUGGGGCAUUUCUUCAAUAUUUGGGAGCAAGGCAUCAUCUAGAGGGACUGCAGCUAUUGAAUCUCCUGAAGAAACUCUUCAUGAUGCAGAGAAUAUGUCAUCAACAAUCCAACUGAGAGAGCCUCCGUCAAUUUUAAGACCACUUGAAAUGUCAGAGAAUGAAGCUACAGAAAUAAUUAUCACCAGAAUACUUGUGAAAUCCUACUUUGAUAUAGUCCGGAAGAACAUUCAAGACUUAGUGCCAAAGGCUAUAAUGCACUUUCUGGUCAAUCAUACAAAAAGAAACCUUCAUAACACUUUUAUACAAAUAUUGUACCGAGAGAUCCUUUUCGAAGAGCUGUUGCAGGAGCAGGACGAGGUUGUUGCAAGACGAAAGCACGCAAAAGAAGUGUUGCGUGUUUUGAGGCAAGCUGUUAAGACGCUAAAUGAAGUUGAAUCAGAUGUGGAGUUCCAGCACAGGACUACAAACUUGGGUACUGAUGCUAGUCCCAGAUUACCAAAUUCUCCCGAGAUCACCAACGGUAAGAGAAGUUCAUCUAGUAUGUUGUCAUCCAGCAAGCCCAGAGCUCGGAAACUACUCUAUCCAGAAGAGCCACCAUUGUCUUUCAGCUUCAAUGUUGGACUACGCUACUAGUUGGUUAGAAUGCACGUCUCAGUUCCCAGAUCCCACUGAUUGCAUUUGGUGCCUAGCCAGGGGAUUAAUGCAUCUCAUAAGUGAUAGGCUUGUUCCUAGAUUACAGUUUACAGAUCUUCAUACGUUCUAGCAGCGAAGUUUGGUUAACUGGAUUUGCCAUGUCAAUAUUGUUUUUAUGAGAGUAUUUCAAUUUUGCACGACACUAGUUGAGUUUUGUGUUUACAUGCGAGAAGAGAAUAUUCAUUUUUGCCUAUUUUUCAUUUCAUUUUUCUUUAGGCAUCCAUGUUGAAUCAUUUGUAUUUGAUUAAUAUUCGAACAUGAGUGUGAAGUAUGAGUUUUUUAAUAAAAGAAAAAGAAAAUUGGGUACAUUCUAAA